AUGACCUCGCCGAACCGUCAUAUCCCGCCGUCCGUUCUGUGGAGUGCCUGGAAGACCCUGAAAGGCACGUACGGGGCAACAGUCACAGUGCCUGAGGUCAACCUAAGCCAUAAAUGGGUGCUCAUCACAGGGUCGAAUAACGGCAUUGGCCGCGAAGCAGCAAUCCAGUUCGCAAAAUCGGGCGCUAAUCUGGUAUUAGCGUGCAGACAACCGCCAUCGUACGAAACGCACCCCGAGCAGGCCGUGGAAGAUUGUAAAGCAGCUGCUGGGGAGUGCGGGGGACAGCAGGUGAUUGAGUGGUGGGAGUGCGAUAUGGCCGACCUUGCGUCCGUCGAGGCUCUCGCAAAGCGAUGGAACGAGACAAACAGGCCGCUAGAUAUACUGGUGAACAAUGCCGGCAUCGCCCAACCCCAAGGCAAGGUCGUUUUGACUAGAGAUGGAUUUGAGAUAUGCCACCAGGUUAAUUUACUUUCCCACGCACUGUUGACGUUGAGUUUGCUGCCUUCGAUCGCGCAGGCAUCCAGCCCGCGUAUCAUAUGUACCACGUCCUGCCUUCACUACUGGGGCGCAUACGAUUUGUCCAACUCCAACUCUGGGGAUAACGCAUACGCGAAUAACAAGUUGUACUUUCAAAUAUGGCUUAGUGAAUUGCAACUGCGACUACUUCGGCGACCUGAUUAUGAUCACAUCGUGGUGCAUGGUGUUCAUCCAGGCUAUGUUAAGACUGGCAUUUUUAGACAUAUCAAUGACGGCAAUGAAGCCUCAAUGGGUAUGGCCCUGCUUUCCUGGAUCCUGCCUAGGUUGCUAGUGUGGGUUGGAAUUGAUUCACAGCAAGGCUGUCUGGCUAUAUUCAAUGCUGCCACUGCGCCUGAAUUCGGGUUACAAGUCGAUAGUGUAGACGAGUUGAGAGGCGGUGCAAAGUAUUUCAAUCGAUUGUGGGUGGAUGACCCGAGUCCCUAUACUAGGGAUGCCACUUCUCGAGAGGAAGUUUGGGAAUUCAUUUUGGAUGAAUUGGAUUCUAGCGGGAGACACAGUGUUCGGGAAGUUACGAAAGUUUUGAUCUGA